AUGCAAAAAUACAGCUAAUGUGGAGAGUACAACAUAAUUGAGAAAUUGGGCGAAGGCUAUCAUUCAAAAGUCAAGUUAGGUGAGAAAGAUGGAAAGCGAGUGGCCAUCAAAAUUUUCAAGAAGAAGCACAAUACAGCUUAAAACAUCAAGACACUUGUUAAUGAAAUUAAAAUUCUCAAUUUAAUGAAUCACCCUAAUAUAAUCAACCUCAUUGAUUUUGGCGAUGCUUAUCUUUAUAGAAAAAAAAAUGGAUAAGUCGAAUCACGUGUUUGUAUGGUUUUGGAAUUAGCCUCUAAUGGAGAACUCUAUGAAUACGUCGCAACCUCUGGACCUUUUGCUCCAGAAGCUUAAAGAUAUUACUUUAGAUAGUUCUUGUCUGCUAUGAGUUUUAUGGAAAACAAAGGAAUUUGUCAUAGAGAUUUGAAAUUGGAGAAUGUCUUAUUGGAUGCGAAUUUCAAUCUUAAAAUUGCUGAUUUUGGAUUUGCUAAAAUAAUGGAAGCAGCAAAAUUAACUACAAUUCUUGGGACUCCUGGAUAUUAGGCUCCUGAAUUAGAGGCAAAUCGUCCAUAUAACGGAACCAAAGCAGAUAUAUUUUCUUUUGGAGUGAUUAUGUUUAUUCUUCAUGUUGGAACUCCACCCUUCGAAAGAGCUACUGAAAAAGAUGGUUAUUAUAAAUACUUAAUGACCAAUAAUAAUAAUAAAUUCUGGAUGAACCAUAGUCAGAAUAAUCAUAACAUUUAGUUCACCUAAGAUUUCGUAAACUUGAUGGAAGGAAUGUUGGCUCCAGAUCCAGAUAAGAGAUUCACCUUAGAUUAAUGCUUGCAGCAUCCAUGGACAAAUGGACCAGUGGCUACUCUAUAGUAGAUUUAAUAUGAAUUUCAAUAAAGAUUGGCAAAAAUUAAAGCUUUGGCUUAGGCAACCAAACUGAAACUAGAAACCUAAAAGGCAAAGCCAAAUAGAAAUCAAGUUGGCAAAUUUAGGAGCAUAGUCGGAGAAACUGAACAAGAAAAUUUCACUGCUAUCAUUGAAUAAUAUAACUUGGAUUUGGACAAAAAAAUAUUAAAUAAAGGUGUUGUUACAGGAUUACCAAAUGAAAUCUUACUUUAUCAAGAUCCAAAUUUUGUAUUCUGCUUUUUGUUAAAGCAUUGUGAUGUAUUCAAUUCCAAGGUGGUUAAGUUCCCUGAAACCAAAUAUAAGAUCAACUUCGAAGCUGAAGACUCUCUAAAUGAAACCAUCUAAUUUUAACUAGAGAUUUUUGAUUGCGAAGAUGAGAUGAUUAAAUUGAUAAUUACCAAAUAAUAAGGAAAUUACCUAAAGUUCAAAGAAAUCAUUUCUAGAAUGAUAGAAGUUCUUCAUAAAAAUGGUGAAGAGAACUAGGAGCAAGAAGUUUAAUAAAAAUGA